AUGCUAAUUCAAUUACUUUCAGGCUAAAGUUUUAAGCUAGAGACUCAUACUGAUGCCUUCAAAAUUAAAAUUUUAGAAAAUGAUGUUUCGGGUGGCAAACCAAGUAUUUAAUAUGUUGCAACUAAGUCAGGGAUACUCGAUAAUAAGGUCCACAAUUCAAAUAAAAAUGCUAGAGCAAAGUCAAAGAACAAGAUGGAAAUUGAUAUUAUUCCAAUAUGUUCAAACAGAGUAAAUAAUUUGAUAAUUGCAAUGACCUUGUUAUUUUAGUAUCAACCAUAAGAGAACGAUGUGGUAAUAGGCACAAUAGUUUAGAAGUCACCAGAAUUUUUUACAGUUGACAUCAAUAGUGAGUCUUAUGGAAUACUUAACACUUUGGAAUUCUAAAAUUCAACAAGAAAAGAUAAACCAAAUUAUCCUGAAGGAACUAUUGUCCUGUGUAGAGUAUUGAAGAAUGAGAGGUUUGCAAAGACCUAGCUUUCAUGCAUUUCCCUAAUAAAUAAGAAAGCUUGGAAUUCAGGAGAGGCAUACUUUGGAGAACUUAAAAGUGGUUAUCUUAAGGACUUCCCCAUAUCAUUUUGCAAAUCACUUUUAAGUUCAAAUUAAGGAGAAGGAAUCUUAGAGAAGCUAGGUUAAAAAAUGUAAUAUGAGAUUAAUAUUGGAUAUAAUGGGAAGAUAUGGCUGAAAACUACUAAAAUUCAAGAAACCAUCUUCAUUAUGCAAGCAUUAGAAAGAAUAAUGGAAAGUGGGUAAUCUGAGGAAAAUAUUAAUUUCAUAAUAAAUGCUCUAAAAUGA